GGGGCCUCCCCCAGGUGACGACCAGGCCCCGCCUCCCUGCCCUGUGACCUUCUAAUUGUUGGUGACUGACUCACCCUCACUUCAAAAGCCUAGGCCAGUCCAGCUAUUUGACCGCCCAUCACUCUGGAAUUCUGCUGUGGGGGAAGCUGGGGCCCCACCUGCGGAGGCCCCACCUGCGGAGUGGCUCCUCACCUGGGCAGGUGCCUCUGCACAGCUGCCUCAGAGCCGGCCUAGGGACUGCCUUCUGCCCUGGCAAAGCCAUGGCGGUGCAGGUGCCCCUGUGGCACCACUACCUGCAGGCUAUCCGCUCGCGGGGGGCAAACCGGGCGCAGGACCACCAGCGUGCAGAGAACGUGCUCUUUACGGUGCUGGAGCACGUGCAUACCCUGGACCCCCGCUUCCUUGUGGACUACUCCCAGGGCCUGGAGGCCUUCCAGUUUGCCCUGCGCUCCUCAGAGGACCCGCUGGACAUGGAGGUGCUCCUGUGGCUGGACACCGAGGCCCUCCUGCUUGAAGAGGUGGAGGCCGCCGAGGCAGGGAAUGGCCCCCCGACCUUCUGCCUGGGCGUCCCCAGGGAAGGGGCUGGCUUGGAGCGGUGGAUGUCUGACGAUGUCUUCAGUGUCUCCUCGGAGGGCAGCGCCAACUGCUGUGGCCACAUCGUACCCAGGAAGGUCCUGCGCAUCCUCAAGGACCUGCUGGUGGCAGCCAUUGUGCACUGCAAGCACCAGAGCAUCAUCUCUCCAGGCGCCCUGAGUGCGGACAGCCUGAGGGAGGAAGGCCCCCACCUGCGCCUGCUGGUAUCCGGUGGCUGGAGGACGAUCCGCUUCAAUGUCGUGCCCGUGGUGAGGAGGAAGCACAGGCUGCCCGCCCUGGAGGGGGCCCAGUGGGCGCCUGGGUUCCCCGAGGGCAGCUUGAGAAGAAUCCUCAGCCAGGAGGCAGCCCUGGUACCGGCCAGCGCCCACCACUGGAGAAUCUCUACUGACCACCUGCUCCCCAGGCUGCUUAGCGCACUGGGCUCCCUCCCGGGCCACCACCUGGACAGCCUCUCCAUCCUGGACCGAGUCAACCAUGAGAGGUGGCGUGACGGUGGCCAGAGCCCAGGCCUGACCUUUGGCCACCUGAAGACGGUCCUGCUGUGGGCCUCGACACUCUUCCCGGGGCCUGAGGACUGGGCAGAGCUGCAGGGUGCAGUGUACCGUCUGCUGGUGGUUCUGCUCUGCUGCCUGGCCACCAAGAACCUGCCCCAUUUCCUCCACCCCGAGUGGAACCUGCUGCAGGAUGCCGGCCUGGACCUCAAUGUCCUCUACCAGCGUGUGGAGCACUUCACCAGCCAGCCAGAGGUGUCCCUGCGUAUCCAUGUCACCCACCUGGGCCGCAGCCCUCCGCCGCGCAUCGACAAUGGGGUCAAGGCGCUCCUGCAGCUGCCCGCCAGCGACCCCUCCUACUGGGCUACUGCCUUCUUUGACGUCCUGCUGGACAAGUUUCAGGUCUUCAACAUCCAGGAUACAGACCGGAUCUCAGCCAUGCAGAGCAUGUUCCAAAAGACCAAGACUCUUGGAGGGGAAGACAGCUGAGCUGCCCCCAGCCCCAGUCUCUGCUGCCUCAUGGAGGCUCCCAGGGCAUUUGGAGAGGGAAUGGGCUUCACCUGGAGGUGGGUGGUGGGUGGUGGAGGCUUUGUCCCCAGGGGCCACCUCAAACUGUCCAGGGUGCUGGGCAGCAGCCUCCUGGAACUGUAACCUUGUGAGGGUGCUGUGAACUCGAUGUGACACGUGUUGCUCCAUCCCAUGUAAUGUCAAGGCUCUGAAAAACGAGGGUCUGCAUGGGACCUGGAGCUAAGGUCGCGUCCUACCUGUGGGUUGCUGUUGUAUCUGUGGAUCUUACCUUGAGUAAGUUAGUGAACUGGAUGUAACAAUGGAGAAGGUGUCUGCCUCUGUUUGCAGACCUAUGUGGAGAAUAUCCCCCCCCAAAAUCACAGAAGUGGGUGAGGCUUCUGUGCAGAGAGACAAUUUCAAACUUUCCCCAUUCCCGUCCACCCACACCUUCUAGCUCAUAGAGGAAGCUGCAGCCAGCGAAGGGGACACCCACGGCCCCCCCGACAGCCCGGUCUGGCCCUUUCCAGGUGGAAUAUCCCCUCUCCUAGGUAGGGCGACCCCUCCUUGCGCCUGAUGCCACCCCCUCCAUCCAUUCUCACUGUCCUAGUUCUCCACCUUGGAUUCUCUCGUCAGCCCCCUGUGGCCACCUGCAGCCCCUUCCCCACCGAGCCUCCCACGCUGGGGUCCCGGUAGCCUCCAUGUGCCUUGACUCAGCAGGCUCUCCAUUCUCUUUGCCUCUUGGGACAUUUUCUGCCCAGCUUCUGAGCCACAGCCCACAUCCUGGGCUCCCGGGCAGGGGCCUGAAUCCCAUGGCGAGUGCGUGAAGCAGCAGCUCCCCCAGACCUCCUCCGAAGGGACCUGAGGCCACAUGUGCAGGGGAAGUGCCAGGUCCUUGAGGGUUUCAGGGUUUAGGGCCUGAGCUGACGCCAGUACGAGGGGAUGCGUCAUGCCCUCCCUCCACUAGCGUGCAGCUUGCACGGUACUGAGACCUGAUCUGACUCACUCACAGUGGGUACAGAGUGCAGGCCUACCCUGUGGUCAUUUCCUCAGCAUCUGGUGUCUGUCAUGAUGGCCGUACUUAGCAUGAGUAAGAGCCAUAAUUGUAGGAGAAACCAAAGGAAAGAUUUUAAAACCACCUCUACUCCCAUGGCCAAGAGUCCAGCAAAACAUACUGAUUCCCAGAUACAAAAACAGGCAGUGCAGCUCUCAAAGACCUUAAUUCACCAGUAUGACCGCAGCAAAAAUCAGAUGGGUCAAUAAUGAAAACUUAGGUAUAAAUCCAACAAAAUAUAUACAAGAUCUAUAUGAGAAAAAUGAUAAAACUCUGACAAACAAAAUCAAAGAUCUAAAUAAAUGGAUAUUCCAUGUUCAUGGAUAGAAGACUCAAUAUUUCAAGAUGUUAGUUCUUCCCACUUGAUCUACAGAUUCAGUGCAACCCAGUCCUAGUGAGUUAUUUUGUGGAUGUUGACAAACUGAUCUAAAGUUAUAGGGAGACAUCCGGAACAGCCAACAUAGUAUGACAGAGAAGAACAAAAUUGGAGGACUAACACCACCGCACUUUUAGACUCACUAUAAAGGUACAGUUAUCAAGACAGUGUGAUAAAAGAAAAGACAAAUGUGGCAAAAGAAUAGAAACAGGUCAGCGGAGCAGAAUAGAGAGCCGAGAAACAGACCCAUAAACAUAGCAACUGAUCUUUGACAAAGGAGCACAGGCAACACAAUGGGGCAAAAACAGUCUCUCAACAAAUGGUGCUGGAGCAACUAGACAUCCACAGGUAGGAAAAUGAAUCAAAUCUGGACACAGACCUCAUACCUGUCAUGAAAAUUAACUCAAGAUGGAUUAUAGACAUAAAUGUAAAACAAAAACUAAAAACUCCUAGAAAAGAACAUAGGAAACCUAGUUGACCUUGGGUAUGGUGGUGACUUUUUAGAUACAACACCACAGGCACCACCAUGAAAAAAAUAACUGAUCAGCUGCACUUCAUUGAAAUCAAAAUUCUCUGCUCUGUGAAACACAAUGUGAAGUGAAGGAGAAGACAAGCUGCAGUCUGGGAGGAAAUAUUUGCCGAGGACAUAUCUGAUAAGGACCAUUACCCAAAAUCUACAAAGUGCUCUUAAAACACAAUGAUAAGAAAACAAACAGCCUGAUUAAAAAGGGGCCGAAGACCUUAACAGACACCUCGUCAGAAAGAUACACAGAUGGCAAAUAAGCAUAUGAAAAGAUGCUCCACAUCGAGUGUCAUCAGGGACAUGCAAAGUGAAACAACAAUGAGGUGCCACUACACACCUAUGAGAAUGGUCAAAGCCUGUGACCCCAACACCGCCAGAUGCCGGUGAGGACGUGGGGCCACAGGAACUCUCACCGCUGGUGGGAAAGCAACAAGGUACAGUCAUUGUGCAAGACAGUUUGGCAGUUUCUUACAAAACAAAACAUACUCAUCAUAUGAUCCAGGAAUUUAGUUUCUUGGUAUUUACUCAGAAAAAUUAAACUCAUGUCUGCACAAAAACUUGCACAUGGAUGUUCAUAGCAAUUUUAUUCAUAAUUUCCCAAAUUUGGGAGCAACCAAGAUGUCCUUCAGUGAGUGAUGGAUAAACCAUGGCCCAUCCGAACAGUGGAAUAUUACUCAGCAUUAAAAAGGAAUGAGCUAUCAAGCCAUGAAAAGACCUGGGGGAGCCUUACAUGCAUGAGACUAAGUGAAAGAAGCCGACCUGAAAGGCUACAUACCGUACGAUUCCAGCUCUGUCGUCUGGAACAGGCAAAAAGCUGUGGAGACAGUGAAGAGACCGGAGGUUGCCAGGCAUUCGGAGGGAGAGAGGGAUGAAAAGAAGGAGUGGAGGGUUUCUAGUCGAUGAAAACAAUCUGUGUGAUACCAUAGUGAGGGACACAUGCGUUUGUCCCCCAAUGCAUUUGUCCCAAUGCGUUUGUCCAAGCCCCUAGGACACAACAGCAAGAGGGACCCUCGUGUAAACGCUGGCCUCUGAGUGAUGACAAUGUCAGCACGGCUUCCUCAGCUGUGGCGCGUGCCCUGCUCUGGAGGUGUUGUUGGUGAUGGGGGGCUAUGCAUGUGGGGAGCAGGGGGCACAUGGAAGAUCUCUGCCUUCCUCUCAGUUUUGCUGUGAAACUAAAACUGCACUAAAAAAUAUCUUAAAAGUAAAAUAAAUUUAAAAAUUUCCAGA